AAAUUCUCAAUCUGGUUCGGGCUCCUGGAUCGGACCCGAAAAACUGGUGAGAUUUGACCUACAGCGGAGAUGGCCACCGGCGACCUGCGCAGCCUCGCCACCGUCGCGGCCGCGGUGAUCGCGUGCAUGGGCUACGCCCGCUUCGCCGCGCGGCGACUCCGCCCGGUCCUGUCCCGCCUUGCAGCGUUCCUCCCGGUGCUCGCCGUCUUGCCUUUCCUCCCGCUCGCCUUCCGUGCGCUCCACCCGCGCGGCAUCUCCGGCUUCUUCCUCGCCUGGGCCGCCGAAUUCAAACUCCUGCUCCUCGCAUGCGGCCAGCGCCCGCUCGAUCCGAGCCUCCCGCUGCCCUCCUUCACCGCCAUCGCCACCUUCCCCGUCACACUACGGGAUCCCAAGAGCUCCGCCUCGAGGCCGGGCCUGGGGCUCGUGGAGUCCGCCUCCAUGGCCGCGCUGCUCGCGGCCAUCGUGUCGCUGUACCGGUACGAGGAGCGGAUGAACGGUUACGUCCUGCUCACGCUCUACUCCGUGCACGUGUACCUCGCGCUCGAGCUCGUCCUGGCGGCGGCCGCGGCGGCGUCGCGCGCGCUGAUGGGCCUGGAACUGGAGCCCCAGUUCGACCGGCCCUACCUCUCGUCCUCGCUGCGGGACUUCUGGGGCCGGAGGUGGAACCUCUCCGUUCCGGCGCUGCUCCGCCAGUGCGUGUUCCGCCCCGUGCGCGCGCGCCUCGGCGCCGCCGCGGGUGUGCUAGCUGCGUUCGUCGUCUCGGGCCUCAUGCACGAGGCCAUGUUCUCCUACCUCACGCUGCUGCGGCCGACGGGGGAGGCGGCCGCGUUCUUCACGCUGCACGGGGCGUGCGCGGUGGCGGAGGGGUGGUGGGCCGCGCACGAGGGGUGGCCGCGGCCGCCGCGCGCCAUGGCCACGCCGCUGACACUGGCGUUCGUGGGCGUGACGGCCUUCUGGCUCUUCUUUCCUCCGCUCACAAGGCCCGGCGCGGACAAGCAGGCCAUCGCGGAGUGCGAGGCCAUGGUCGCUUUUCUGCGGGACACCGCAGCUUGGGCGGUCGACUCCGCCUGGUCAGUCUUGUCAAGCUGGUCGUAAAUUGUGGUCCGCCGUCCGCAACAGGCGUGCGCUGCGCCUGCGCCUGCGCCUGCGCGUGCCGUGUGCUUUGUCGCCGUGGCAUCUGUUUGCACUUUUGUUUUGGGAUGGUGAUAAUUUCAGAAAUAUUCUA